CCUGCAGGGCUCCCCUUCCCGAUUGUUGCUCCACAGAUGUUUCUUCUCCAUCCCGUAUUCCUGCGACUUGUGGAAAUAUUUUUGUUCCUGAGUUGCAUACGGCACCCUAUUUUCCUCUUAUUAAAGGGCCAGUACAGAACUCAUCAUGUCUGACGACGCCCCUCGAAAACGGUCGCGUUUCGACCAGACAGAACCGGAGCCACGCAAGGCUUCUCGAUUCGACCGACGUUCUCGAUCCCCUUCUUCAAGACAAGCCGAGUCCAGAAGAAGUCGCAGCCCGCUUGACAGAGAUCGCCAAAGUCCUGCAGUUGGGGAGAAACGUAGCACUCCUCUUGAUCCUGCUGCGGCAGCAGCUGCCGCCGCGGCCAAGAUCAACGCCGACUUACAGGCUCGUAAAGGCAUCCAACAUGUUGAUGUGCCUCCCAUCCGUUCGUCCACAACUCCUACUCCAGCUGCGAAGCCUGCCACACCUACGACCGGCCACGAUAACAGCAAUGUUGGUGGAGAGAUCUAUGUUGCCGAUGGUGAUUACAUUAAAGACAUCGAAAUCAAUGAUCUGCGCAACCGCUACACACUGACAAAAGGGUCCACUCAAAAGAUGAUCAAAGAUGAUACAGGCGCUGAUGUCACAACACGCGGCUCGUACUACCCUGACAAGUCCAUGGCGACCGCAGUAAACCCGCCGCUGUACCUGCACGUCACUAGCACUUCCAAAGCAGGACUUGAAAAGGCCAUUGAAAAAAUUGAUGAGCUUAUGAAGCAGGAUUUGCCCAACCUCGUCGAUGAGCGACGUUUCCGACGUAGAGAGCCAGAACAGGUCGAACGGGACGAGUUUGGAAGGCGGAAAUGGCCUGAAGAACGAAUCCCACUUGAUAUGGAGAAUAUUCCCGGUUUCAAUCUUCGUGCACAAGUAGUUGGUCAAGGAGGCGCUUACGUCAAACACAUUCAGCAGGAAACAGGUUGCCGAGUUCAAAUCAAAGGACGUGGAAGCGGUUUCAUGGAGCACAGCACAGGCCAGGAGGCAGAUGAACCAAUGUACCUUCACGUUGCUGGUCCUCAACCCGCUCAAGUCCAAAAGGCAAAGGAGCUCUGUGAGGAUCUCCUGACCAAUGUCCGGGCCAACUACGAGCAUUUCAAGGCAAACCCACCGCCUCAGCGUAUGGAGUCUUACACCGACGGAUAUGGCGCCGAUGCGAACCGUCAUUCGUACGGUGGCGGUGGCUACGGAAGAGACAGAGGACGUGGUGACAGCUACUCACAUGCCAAUAACAGCUACGACUCGCCCUACUCAGCGACUCCAGCAACUCCAGCACCCGGUACCUCAGGUUCUCCUACGGAUUAUGCAGCCCAAUGGGCUCAAUAUUAUGCUAGUCAACCAGGCGGAGAUCCUUAUGCUGCUUAUGGCGGCUAUCAAAACUACGUCGCAUACUACCAGUAUUACCAGCAAGCGGCCGCUGGAGGACAACAACAGUCCCCUCCUCCACCUGCAGGUGACGCGAACCCACCUCCGCCGCCUUCUACAGACAAUUCGGGUGCACCACCUCCACCGCCACCUUCAGGCUAUUCAUCUGUGCCACCACCGCCUGGACUGUGAGCAUGAAUUGGUGUUAAUGAGCUGAUACUGUCAGACUCCCACGAAUACGGGCUUCUUAUUGCGUCAACACACUAUUUUGAUCUUUCCAUGCGCAAUGGUCCAGCGCCCAUCCAAGCUGAGAUAUUUGUUUCCAGGCUCCAGGCGAAAUCGGUCUGUAUGUCGGGGCUUUAGCGACAGCCCGACCAUUGAUUGGACAGGCAAGGUAUUAAAAGCA